UCACCUUCGAUAAAAACCAAACUGAUAAAUACAAAGACCAGAACCAAAGAACAAAGACAACAUUAAUCACUCUGAAGAUCAAAUUUUUGUUUCUGGUUUUGCUGUGGUCCAAUCAACAAAUCAAUGGCAGAAGAUCUAGUGUUAGACACAGCUAUAAGAGAUUGGGUACUGAUCCCAUUAACAGUGGUGAUGAUUCUUAUUGGGAUUCUUCGUUACUUUGUUUCAAAGCUUAUGCGAUCUCAGCAAAACCCAGAUGCUAAAGUUGUUAGAGAAGGGCAAGUUGUUAUAAGAGCUAGGAACUUGCGAGCUGGAGCUAACUUUAUACCUUCCAAGUCUUUUCGAGCACGAAGGGCUUAUUUUAGCAAUGAGGAAAAUGGAUUAUUGCAUGUUCCUAAGGGCCAAGGUCAAAAUCCACAAGCACAAAUGUUCUCCGACCCAAAUAUGGCCAUGGAUAUGAUGAAGAAAAACCUUUCUAUGAUUAUACCCCAGACCCUUACCUUUGCAUGGGUUAACUUUUUCUUCUCUGGAUUUGUUGCAGCCAAGAUACCGUUUCCACUGACUCAGAGAUUCAGAUCAAUGUUGCAAAAUGGGAUUGAUUUGAGUACCGUGGAUGUUAGCUAUGUCAGCAGUCGGUCAUGGUAUUUCCUUAAUUUGUUUGGAUUAAGGGGUUUAUUUAGUCUCAUUCUGGGUGAAGAAAAUGCCAUGGAUGAUACACAGCGUAUGAUGCAAAUGAGUGGUUUUGGUAUGGAUCCAACCAAGAACUUGAGUGCUGAGAAAGACGGCCUUGACAUAAUUCAGCAUGAAUGGGCCCUACCAAAAUUUGAGCAGCGUGCUGAAGCAGCGUUGAAAAAACUUAUCAGCUGAACAUUGUCAACAGGAGUCAGCUGCCACACGAGUUUCUGCUCGACGAGGCUCCCCUGUUAUUUCAUGGAUUCUUACUGGAAUUUUGCUCACUCAAUGGCUGCAUGUUGGCAAGAGUUUUAACAAUUAUAAGAGCCAGUGAAUCAUCAUUGUGGUAUUUAGAUUGAAUACUAGUUUUUAUCAUAACCAUUGGAGAAAUUUUCCACACUGCUGGUGGUAAUAACGUGCUUUCCCUGUAAAAUUGCGCGACGCCAGUCUUUCAGCAUGCUAGCCAAGAGCAUUUGCAGCAUAUAUAAUGGCAUGCAAUCAAAUCAAUUACUAUUAAUGUGAUGACGCUCAAUAUUUUAGGCAA